GCCAAAAGACUAAGCAUAGCAGUUAUUCACGAUACGGCAUAAAAACGUGGAUUAGUUAUUUGUGUUGACCUACCUAACUGAAGGUUGUGGCCAACUACAAAUCUGCGGCGGUGACGGGAUGAGCCGCGUGACGACAGCACGUCGCAGCGAGCGCAGGGCAGGGAUUGCAUUGAAAAUGGAGCUCCUGACAUCUCUGCACGAGUUGCCUCGGACUUGAGGUGAAGCCUCAAAAUAGAUGAUGUCAUCAUUCCGAGAGGCUGCAACAUCUCCUGGCUGUGGCCCUUUAGUUAAGGGCAAUGUUUCCAUAGAGACGUCCAGCUUUGCUCACGUGAUCUUCCAGAAUGUGGGGAAGAGUUUCCUGCCUCAGGCUCCUCUGGAGUGCCACUACACACUCACUCCUGCUCUAACGCCCCAUCCCAAAGAUUGGGUUGGCAUCUUUAAAGUCGGCUGGAGCACAGCCAGAGAUUACUACACAUUCCUGUGGUCUCCUAUGCCUGAGAAUUAUGUAGAAGGCUCAACUGUCCAUAGAGUCAUAGUGUUCCAGGGUUACUAUGUUCCACGUAGUGAUGGAGAGUUCUAUCAAUUCUGUUAUGUGACUCACGGGGGAGAGAUUCGUGGAGCAAGCACGCCUUUCCAGUUCCGACAGGCCAUGCCCUCCGGGGAGGAGUUGCUGACCGUGGAGGACGAGGGCAAUUCAGACAUCCUGGUGGUGACCACCAAGACUGGACUCCUCGAGCAGCGUGUGUGUGUGGCGCAACAGGAGUGCAUGGAGCUGCAGCAGAGGAUGUGUGUCCUGCAGAGAGAGAAGGAGCAGGUGCAGGCUGAGCACCGGAGACUCCAGAGGGACAGAGAGGACGAGAGGGAGACCUACACGCAGAUACACACACACAACAAGGAGCUGCUACAUCUGUGUGAGGCAGAGAGGGAGGAGCUGAGGAGAAGACUGCAGGAGUCAAAGGAACGAACUCAGCAACUAGAGGAGGAGCAACAGACUCUGAAGGACAAGCUUCACAAGGUCACACUGGAGAAAGAGAGUCUGGAGUCUCAGCUGAAGGCUGAGAGAGCUGAGAGGGAUCUCCAUAAGGCCCAUGUGCGGAGUGCAGAGCUGGAGAACACUAAGCUGACCGCAGAGCUGCAGAUGCUGAAGGCCAUGGAGCUGAACCGGGAGGUGACCAUCGCCCAGUACCAAGAGGAGCUGCAGAGACUCCGAACUGCAGACAUAGGUGAGGCUGUUCGUUUGAAGGAGCAUCUAAAGCAGGCGGAGGCGAAGCUUCAGUGCUCCCAGCAGGCGGCUGUGCUUCUGGGGGCGGACCUGCGCACUGCCUCCAGCAGGUGUGAGCAGACUGCGUCCGAGCUCCAGAGGGUCCAGCGGGAGGCUGAUGCCCUGCGUGCCAGCCUGUCGGAGGUCCAGGCCCAGAGCCAGAGUGCCCACUCUCAACUGGACAGGUUGAGACAUGUCGCCAGUCAAAUGGAGGGGGCGCCCUCCUGCGCCGUGUCCCAGGUGGAGGCGGAGCUCCAUAAGGAGGUGGACGAGCUGAAGGUUCGUCUGCAGAUGGCCGCUGAGCACUACAAGGAGAAGUACCGCGAGUGCCAGAAGCUACGCAAGCAGGUCAAGCAGCUGAGCCAGCAGCCUCAGGGGCCUCCGGCCGAGAGUCCCGAUCAGGUGGAACCAGGGGGGAGUGCCGGACAGAGUCCCGAUCAGGUGGAACCAGGGGAUCCAAAGAGAAAUUAUGGUGAGAUGGCAACUGAAAUGAUCCAGGAGACCAUCUCACCCAGCACAGAGAUGCCUGUUGCAGAUAAACUGCCCGCUGCGCUAGAUUCCCCCCACACUGAAGAGAGUCCAGUAAGAGAGAGAGGUGGAGCAGGAGAAGAGACGGACGAAAAAGAGUCGGAGAGCGACGACGAUGGAGAGAACAGAGAAGACAGCCACAGUGACGGAGGUAAAGAGGAAGUAGAGGGAGCAGAGGGAGAACAGGAGAGGAGAGAUGAGGGUGCUGACCUAGCCAUGAUGGAGGAGACCUGGAAAGAGCAGUGCUCCAUCAACAUCAACAUCUCCCAACUGCUGAGGGCUCAGCUGGAGGAAAAGACCAGAGAAGUGACGGCACUGAGAGAGAGCCUGUCUGAUGUGAUGCGGGAGAAGGAGAGACUGGAGAAGGAGCUGCGGGUGUUUGUGGCGGUGCAGAGGCCAGAGAGCUCUGGGGAUGCCGUGGCGCUGCUCUACCCUCUCCCCUACACCCAGGAGCACCCGCCACCCCCACUCAUCCAGCAGAGGCCUGCUGACCUGCAGUACGGUAACCCCUACGCCAGAGACCAUGUAGAUGGUGCUACUGUGUCCUCUGGUGGAGCAGGUGCUGAGGGAGUGGUAUGUAUGCAACCAUCUCGUGGUCUGAGUCUUCCUGAUGGCCUCGAGAACGUCUUUCAAGAGCCCAGCGAAAGUGGAGAAACUCGUGAGGUGUUUGGCCAUCGCAGUCCCAAAAACACGGAGAAGAGAACCAGCUUCUGCUUUGAUACCAGUUCUGAGGUGCAGAAGCGCUGUCCGCUGUGUGAAGUGAUCUUCCCCCCCCAGUUUGAGCAGCGCAGCUUCGAGCAGCACGUGGAGUCCCACUGGCGUGUGUGUCCUGUGUGCAGCGAGCAGUUUCCCCUCCACACACAGCAGCUGCUCUACGAGAGACACGUGCUCACGCAUUUUGAUGGGAAUGUUCUCAACUUCGACUAGCCACCACAUUCCAAGAACAGUACAGUGUGUGUGUGUGUGUGUGUGUGUGUGUGUGUGUGUCUGUAUGGCUGUCUUAUGACAAGAGAUCCUUAAGUGAACAGACGGCUGAUGAUGUGUCUCUGGUGAGUGAGGCUAUAUGGUUGUUGAUGGCAUUUGUGCUCUGAAAAUGUAAGCUGUAGCAUUGCCAUACAUUACAGUUGGUUUCAAAGCUCAUGUAAGCCACUCUAGUGAUUCUUCUGAAAAACCAUCAGACCUUUCUAUCAUUGGAGCCCACCAACUCAAUUCAAUGUUGCUGUUAGACACAAAAUAAUUGGCUGGCAGUGACGCCGUCUAUACUAGCCACUAAUACUAUCAUUACAGUUACAUGUACGUUGUCACAAAAUGCCAGUAGUUAGUGCGUUGUUGAAACUGAAUAUUAUAGAGAUGGCUAGCAGAAUGUAGAAUGUAAAUGUUACAUACAUCAGCUUUAAGCAUCCUGUUUCGCUACCUAUAUAUAUAUAUAUAUAUAUAUAUAUAUACAUACUCCCCUGGCUUUAAACUCCCUCAUGUACACCUGGUAACUCAUAUUUCCAAAUACUCAUGAUCUGAAACACAUUGCUGCAGCAUGCACUACAGGAACCUUGAGAAGUGUCCCUGCUUGAGUCACAAUGCAUCAGAUAGCUCUAUGCCAUGUUAGGAUUAUAUUGUGCCGUAUAUCCUUGACUUUCGGAAACCAGACAGGGAACCGACUCCAGUAGGAGAUCACAAGUAUGUCUCUAACUUGAGGAGUUUGUGAAGGAUGGUAGGGGAACAUCUGCAUUAGCUGUCUACAGUCUACAAUCUACAGAAUGUUUGUUUAAACAGCCAGAAUAGUUUUUGUGUUAUUGUAUGUAAAGUAACACACUGAAAUGCUGACGGCUUUAUGUGACUAGGCUACUGUAUGUUUAGAUGGAAUACCUUUGUGGGAGUUAACUGUAGUCUUAAUCCUGUGAAAUGCUGUCACACACAUUGGUUUGACUGAUAGUCAUUUCCAUUGCCUGGAACAGGGAUCAACAUUUUGGAUCUGUUUUAUUCAUGCAUUGUCUGGAAGUAUGACUUGUUUGUAGGUUCUGGAAUCAGGUUAUGAUGACAUAUUGUAUUUAUGUUCUUUAAAACAAUAAAUUGCAUGUAAUUAGUGGACCUACUCAACUUUGGGUACUCAUAGAAUAUUAUGUACAGGUCUACAUUCCUGCAUAAUAUAAUGAAAAUGAAACUUUUAUAAAUGUAAUAAAACUCUCUGGAGAAGUGUCUGUAUUAGGAGCAAAUGUGAUAUGGAAAUAUGUAUAAAUGUACAUGUAAAGAUAUUUCCGUCCACAAAAUGAAAUGAAUUUGA